CAACAAUGCGAGACCUCUUCGUUUGAUGCGAAGUGAAAAUAAAGCGAACAAUUACACCCAGUUAAAAGUUGAACGCUUUCCAAAGCCGCUGAGAACAUUCAAACCACUUCGAGAAGACCUGCUUGCUAAGUUUCCAACUUGCUGGUGUCUGUUCAAAGCUUUAAGGUAAACGUGCUUUCAAAUCGCUUCGCUUUGAAGCCAUUCUGCGAGUGAGAUUUCUUGGUUUCGUGUCGUCUGGUUCUGAAUAUCGUGCUGGGUAUUUAAAUUCCGUGAUCUCAGCAACCCUUAGUCUUCAAUUAUGCCUAAACUGAUUGAGACGAUAGUAUCUACAAAACUUAAGGACCUAAGAGUUCCUAUUAGUCAAAACACGACAGGACGAGAACUGUUCUACAAGAUUGUUGCUCAUAUUGGCCUGAAGGAAAUCUGGUAUUUUGGUCUGGAGUACACAGACAACAAAGACGUCAAAAACUGGUUGAAACUCAAUAGAAAGGUAUUUCAUCACGAUAUCAAGUGGAACGGUACAGUUAUUCGUUUUCGUUUCCGAGCCAAGUUUUUCCCGGAAGAUCUGAACGACGAGCUCAUUCAACUUGUCACACAAAAACUAUUCUUUCUGCAAGCCAAGGAAUCUAUCAUUCACGACGACGUUUACUGUCCCACAGAUAAAGCUGUGCUUCUUGCCUCGCUUGCUUGCCAGGCGGAAAUUGGUGAAUAUAACCAGCUUCCAAUCUCAGAUCGUUUUCUAAACAAGGAAAAGCUGCUUCCAGACAGGAUCAUCAAUCAGUAUAGAUUGUCCAAAGGCGAUUGGGACAAAAGAAUUGAAGAGCUGUGGAGAAGACAUGGGGAAAUGCCGAGCGAAGACGCGAUGAUGGCGUAUCUGAAAAUUGUCCAGGAUCUCGAAAUGUACGGAGUGACAUAUUUUCAGAUUCAGAACAAAAAAGGAAGUUCGCUUUGGCUGGGAAUUGACACGUUUGGUUUGCAUAUUUAUGAGAAGGCGAACAGGAUGACUCCUCAAGUUGGCUUCCCCUGGAGUGAGAUCAAGACUUUAUCUUUCACGAAUAGGAAAUUUAUUAUCAAACCAAUUGAGAAGAAAAGCCCGGACUUUAUCUUUGGUGUUCCAGCAAUUGAAACCAACAAAAGAAUCCUCGCUCUGUCCAUGGGUAAUCACGAGUUGUAUAUGAGACGACGCAGACCAGACCCGGUGGAAAUCUUGCAGAUGAAAGCGGAGGCGAAACACGAACAAAAGCUCAAGAGGGAAGAGAGAAUGACGCUGAUUAGAGAGAGAGAUGAAAGACGAAAGGCCCAGGAAAUAAACAAGCAACUUCAGCAACAAGCAAAAUCUUUGGAAAUGUCCGCGAAGGAAACUGCCGAGGCUCUUGAAAGAGAAAGGAGCCAAAAUUUAGAAUUGGAAAAGCAACGUCUUUCAGCUGAAGAGGAGAACGCGAGACAGCGAGAGAGAAGCCGGCAAAUUGAACGAGAAAAAAACAUGAUCACAAGACAGUUGAGUCAACGCGAGAAUGAAAAUGAAUACUUACGUAACAAGUUCUCUGCUGUGAGCAUGGAAAUGAAGAAAGCGCUUGACGAGAAAAAGGAGAAAGAAAGGAUGCUUGCUGAACAGGGAGAGGAACUGAAGCGACAAAGGGCCUUGAGCGAAGAACGUCAUCUGGAGAAUGCCGAAAAAAUUACGAACAACAAUAAUGACGAUCAGCCAUAUACUCUAAUGCGAAAACAGCACAGUAUAGACGAGCCUGAUGAAGUUGAAGGGCCAUCCGUUGCUCACGAUUUGCAGGUUAUGCAAGAUGCUAGGCUGCCUGAAUACGAUCGUGACUCCACUAUGGAUACAUACAUACAAAGCUACCUUGAUGUCCUUGGUAAGGAUAUUUAUCCUCAGCUAAAAGAGACGAAACUCACUACGUUAGAUCAUAUUUACGCUGCCAAUAUUCAGGCUGGACGAAAUAAGUAUAAAACAUUGAAACGAAUUCGAAUGGGAAACACAAAACAGCGAGUUGAUCAGUUUGAAUGCAUGUGAUUUGUACGACUACGAGGCAGAAACGCACUGAAUGUCGUACGUCUGUAUGGUGUAGAUAUAAAUAAUUGAAUAUCAAUAAUUGAAUAUCGUGGACACACAUGACUUGGAUCACUCCUGGAAUUGCCAGUUGGAACAACAAUAAAUAUAUACAAUAUAUUACAUUAUUUGUUUCAAAACUAUAGACAAAGUUAGAAGAAUUAUCCUUUGAAUUUUUAUUUGCUGAACUAAAACACAGCUUACACAACAUUAAAUACAAUAUUACUGCCACUUACAAAGACUUUUUAUCAUAUAAAGCACUGACUGAAUUGUGAAAACAUGGAUA